GUUUAUAUGCUGCACAUUUCGAUAAAAAUCUGCCAAUGCUGGAUCAAAAUGAAUUAGUUAGCGGCUCAUUUUUAACUUACUUCAUGUCCUUUUGGAAACUGUCUGCAGAAACGUCGCUACUCUCAAAGUGAGUGUCGCAGUCUACUUACCUAUUCUUACCCGAGGAAUAACGAAGAUGGGAACAGCGCUGAUUUAUGAUGACGAGAUGACCAAGUACAAACUGCUCUGGGUUGAUUUGUAAGAUUGAGGUGCCUGAGCGUCUGACUGUGAGUCAUGAGGCUUUGGUCAGGACUGGCCUGGCUGAUCGCUGCGUCUCCGUACCUGUCCGUGAGGCCACGGACGCAGAAAUUCUGCUGGCUCACAGCGAGGAAUACCUGGAGGCGGUGAAGAAGACACCUUACAUGAGUCUGGAGGACCUCAUGGAGUUCACUCGUCAGUACGGUGAUGUCUACUUCCACCCAAACAUCUACCACUGUGCCAAGCUGGCUGCUGGUGCUGCGCUGCAGCUGGUAGACAGUGUUAUGACAGGGAAGGUGAGGAAUGGCAUGGCUUUAGUCAGACCACCAGGACAUCACAGUAUGCGCAGUGCUGCUAAUGGUUUCUGUGUGUUCAACAAUGUGGCUAUAGCGGCUCGAUAUGCUAAGCAGAAAUAUGGAGUCCAAAGGGUGUUGAUAGUUGACUGGGAUAUACAUCACGGUCAGGGGGUGCAGUAUUGCUUUGAGGAUGAUCCCAGCGUGCUCUACUUCUCUUGGCACCGCUAUGAGCAUCAGAAAUUCUGGCCUCAUCUGAGAGAUUCUGACUACGACGUUGUUGGCAAAGAGAAAGGGGCAGGAUUCAAUAUAAAUGUACCAUGGAACAAGGUGGGCAUGGAAAAUGGCGACUAUCUGUCAGUCUUCUGUCACGUUCUUCUGCCAGUUGCAUAUGAGUUUUGCCCAGACUUAGUCUUGGUGUGUGCGGGAUUUGACUCAGCCAUCGGUGACCCAGAGGGUGAGAUGUGUGCCACUCCAGAUGUCUUUGCCCAUCUGACUCACCUGCUGAUGAACCUAGCAGGGGGAAAACUGUGUGCUGUGCUGGAGGGGGGAUACAACUUGACUUCCCUCGCCCAAUCUGUGUGUCAGACAGUCCAGACAUUGCUUGGAGAUCCUGUGCCGAGACCUGCAAGCCUCAAAAGUCCCUGUAUAAGUGCACUUGAAUCUCUUCAGUGUGUCCGAUCAGCUCAUAAGGCCUACUGGUCGUGCCUCAAACAUGCAGCUGAUCUGCCCGCCUCCACCAUCAGCACCAAACGGAUUAAAUUAGGAGAAGGAGAAGAAACGACAGAGAAAGGAGGAGAAGAAGCAAAGGACGCAGAGGAAAAGGUGUGGCCUGAGCCUCCAAAACGUGUCACUCCUCCAGUAUGUGCUGCUUUAGUGCUCCCUGAUGACAUGGCUUGCCCGGAGGGAUGCGAACGCUUCAGCUUCUCAGAGGAUCUUGACCCACUCUUAGCCAGCAAGUUAAGGGAGAGUUUCCUCAGAGACGCAGAUGACAGUACUGCUUUUAUAACCGUCUCCAGUCUUAUAGCCCUGACAGAGAAAAUGGAGAAGAAUGAGAUCUGCAGUGGCCUUGCACUGGUCCCUGAUGUCACCAAGGCGAUGACAAGCAUUGUCCAGCACGUUACAACUGUUCUCAGCAACCGCGUUUUGGUCGUCUGUGUGGGUGAUGGGAAUGUCCCAAGCCAUAUUACAGAAGACAGAGAAACACUUGUGGUGCAGAUGGGCAGUGCACAGACAGAGGAACAGAGCUGCAAAUAUUACAUUCGUGUGUGUCUGAAGAAGGGCUGCAGUGACACAUCAGGGUUCACACAGGCUGUGUUUGGCCUCCUCCUGCCCCUUGGGUAUGAAUAUGACCCCAGUCUUGUUGUGUUGGUUCGAAUGCCAGAUAGUGGAGUCAGUGACAGUUUGUGGCAACAGCUAAUUGGCCUACUGCAGAGCUUUGCACUUGGACAUACACUGGUGGUACUGCAGGAGGAGGAGAAGGCGCUUAUCGGACUCACAGCAUCCUCCCUCCUUGGUAACCCAGCCGCCUCUCUGAAGCAACUUCAAGCCCCGCUAACAGAAGACGUGGAGGCCAUAGAGAGGCUGAGACACAGGCUGCAGGCAGACUGGAAGUUCCUUCAGACCACCGCACCACAAACUCAAAGAAGUGAUGAACACUGAGGAUGGAGGGUGUCGUGGACUUUUUGAUACUUUAUUUUUGGAAGUUCCACUUGGAUCAAAAUCAGUUUCACAGGAGACCUAGCCAAGUGCGAAGAGCUACAAGCUAAUGAAUUUCACAGCAACAUAAAAAUGAUUUAAGCAAUCACUGAUCAAAAUAGUUAUACUUUCUUUUUUUGUGUGCCAUUCACAUGAUUGAAUAGUUGACUGAUUUCUGCUGUAAAUUGAAAUCUUGUGUCUUGUAUAGCACACGUCAUGUAAUUUAACAUGAAGUUUUCAUAAGUAACUUUGAUAUUCUCUGUAAUGAAUGUUACAUUUGUAAAAGAAAAAAAAUGGCUGCCAAAUAGUUGUUUUGUUUUUUUACUUUUUCGCCCCAAGGUAUCAGUAUUGUGGUUUGAACAUCGGCAUUGUAUUGCUGUCUUUCCUCACAGAGGUGUUGUUGACCACCAGGGAAGCUGUUUGAGUAGACUUGCAUGUUCACUCUCAACCUUUGUGGGCACAUUUAACAGUUUUUAGAGCUUUUCAGUCUUCAUCCAUUCAAGUAAGGAGACCUCUUUUCUGCUGGUCUAUAUGUGUUGGCCCUGCAAUCCACUGGUGACAGGUCCAGGGUGUAGCCCUCUAUUGCUGGGUGACAACUGGGAAAGACGUCAGCCUCCUCAUGAUCCAGAGUUAGAUAAGAAUACAAAUAGAUGGGUAAGCUGAUAGAUAAAUCACACUAACUAUACAGUUCAAAGGUUUGGCAUUGAUCAUAGAAAGACAGAUCUUAUAUAUUGUAUUUUAAUGUAAUUUUUCACCACAUUUUACAAGCAUAAAUCUAGAAUCUAACUUUUUAUAUUUACUUUAAGGUUAUGUGUCUCCCCAUUCCUUUUUUCCUGUUGUAACAGCUGUGGAAAGUGAUGUUUUAGGUGAUGUUCUGAAAUGAUCUCUGCAUAUCUUUGAAUUCAGAGAUCACCACAAUUCUUUGUAAGCCGUGUUUCUUGUGAGACUCACACUAGAAGACUUUUGAGCCUCUCAUCAUGUGAGAUAGAAAUGGGUGAGUCAUCUGGUCACCUAAACUGGAAGUUAAUUCAGUACACUUUAAUUAAUGGGUCACAUACAUCCCAGUUUGAUCUCAAGUGUACCAGACCAGUAAU